AUGGACGCAUUCGAAUACAACGCAAACCCUGGCCGUGUCAUCUUCGGCAGUGGCACUCUACAGAAGCUCCCCGAUGAGAUCGCCCGUCUGGAAAAGAAGGCUCCUCUGGUGCUCUCCACUCCGCAGCAGGUCAGCCAUGCCGAGCGCAUCAAGGAGGUCCUGAAGGGCCAGGUCGCUGGUGUCUUCACGGAAGCGACCAUGCACACACCAACCAACAUUACGGACAAGGCUGUGGAGUAUGCAAAGGCGCAGAAUGCUGAUGUGGUUGUUUCUAUCGGUGGUGGGAGCACCAUCGGCCUGGGCAAGGCGAUCAGUAUCCGCACUGGCAUCUACCACAUCUGUGUGCCGACUACAUAUGCUGGAAGUGAAAUGACUCCGAUUCUUGGUGAAACGGCCGAUGGUUUGAAGAAGACUCGCUCCGAUCCCAAGAUCCUCCCUGGGACCGUUAUCUACGAUGUUGACCUUACCAUGACACUACCGACUGGGAUGAGCGCGACAAGUGGUGUCAAUGCAAUUGCUCAUGCCGUUGAGGCUUUAUAUGCCCGCAACACCAACCCCGUCAUCAACCUGAUGGCUCUAGAGGGCACCCGCGCGCUGGCCUCUGCUCUGCCAGAGAUCGUCGAGAACCCAUCGUCACAAUCAGCCCGUUCGCUAGCUCUCUACGGCGCAUGGCUCUGUGGAACCUGCCUGGGAAGCGUGGGCAUGUCAAUCCACCAUAAGCUCUGUCACACCCUCGGCGGCAGCUUCAACCUCCCCCAUGCGGAGACCCACACAGCUGUCUUGCCGCACGCGAUUUCAUACAACGCGCCUAACAUUCCUGAGGCGAUGAAGAAGCUGGCCGAAGUGCUGCCCGAGAGCAACGGCGAUGCGAUCCACGGGCUUAACGUCCUGCUCACGAAGCUAAAGGUUAAGCGCGGCGUCAAGGACUUCGGUAUGAAGGAGGAAGAUAUUGACAAGGCGGCUGAUAUUGCUGUCGGCAACCCGUAUUGGAAUCCUAGGGAGAUUCAGCGUGCUCCGAUCCGGGAGUUGAUUCGGAGAAACAAAAUGACUUCGGAAUUGGAGGCUGCGCCCGUCCUAUCUACCCCCGAUGAUCGAAUCCUCGAAGCAACGGACUCCGUCGUGCCCGAGGCAAGCCGCUCCCUGUCGGAGGAGGAACUCGCCAUCACUUAUGACAUCGAGCGCACGUUGAAGGAAAUACGCCAGGCGCGGUAUAAGCGGAUUGCACUCCAGUUUCCGGAUGAUAUGCUUCCUGAUGCACCACGGGUAUUUCAGUUGUUGAGUCGGGGAUUGGAGACUCGGGAUAUUGUGGAUGGCAAGAAAGACGAGGCGGAGGGCGAGAGCUCUACAACAAAUGGUCUGGCGGAUUCCGUAUCGCGACUUGAUGUUCAGGAUGCAGCUGAGCAGCCGCCAAAGCUCUACAUCUUGGCUGAUACAUCUUAUGGGACGUGUUGUGUGGAUGAGGUUGCCGCGGAGCAUGUCGAUGCGGAUGUUGUCGUGCAUUACGGCCGGUCAUGUCUAUCGCCAACUGCUAGGCUUCCGGUGAUUUAUGUCUUCACCCACAAGGAAUUGCAUCUCGAUCCGCUUGUAAAGGCGUUCAAGGCGACAUACCCGGACCCCACCGCGAAGGUGAUUCUCGCCGCAGAUGUGACCUACUCAGACCAUGUUCCAGAAGUAUACUCCAGACUGGCCCAGGAGGGAUACAGCAAUCUGUUUGCUACUGCAUUGCUCCAUGAUCCGUCGUCUGUUAUUCCUAAUCGCACCGUUCCGGAUUCGGUCAAGGAAGCCCCCGAGUCGCUGAUAGAUUGGCAACUCUUCCAUAUCUCCGAGCCACCAACUGCUCUGCUUAUGACGCUGGCGUCUCGAGUGGCAGCCAUCCACAUCUAUCCUACUGAUUCCCCGGCAGGCAGCGACGUCAAGCCUCUACCGGCGUCGACUUCCGCAAUCCUCCGCCGUCGCUACGCGAUCUUAACCCGGCUGAGUACGGUGCCUAUUUUCGGCAUCCUGGUCAACACGCUCAGUGUAAAGAACUACCUUCAUAUCGUGGAUCACGUAAAGCAGAAGAUCGCUGCAGCAGGCAAAAAGAGUUAUAUGUUCGUUGUGGGCAAGUUGAACGCAGCCAAAGUAGCUAACUUCAGCGAAAUUGGCGGCUGGGUCGUCAUUGGGUGUUGGGAGAGCUCCCUGGUUGAUAGUAAGGACUUCUGGAAGCCGGUCAUUACGCCUUUCGAGUUGGAGGUUGCUCUCAAAGGAGACGAUGAGCGGGUCUGGACAGGAGCCUGGCAGAGUGAUUUCCAGAGCAUCCUUGACCAGCCACCUGCAGGCUUGUCUAAUAGUGGAGAGGAGGCAAAGGACUCAACCGCAACCGCGACCGGUAACGAUAACCAGAACGACGAGGACCAAGACCAAAACCGAGAUCAAGAUGAGGACGAUAUGUCCGAACCCGAGUCUGCACCACCAGAGUUUGACCUCCGUACCGGUCGGUAUGUAUCCCACACGCGUCCGAUGCAGGAAUCUGCACCCAGCGUAUCUGCGCAGGGAGGAUCCAAAGCUGCAAAUGCAGCAAUCUCUGCGGCAAAUGGCCCGUCCGCAGCGCGAGCGCUCGCAAGACGGGCUAAGGGUGAUUUGGCCAUGAUCGGCGGGUCUUUCUCGCCAGGGGCGGAAUUCUUGCGGUCACAAAGGACAUGGACCGGUCUGGGAAGCGAUUUCAAUAGCGCAGCGAACAGUGUUCAAUAUGACGGCGAGGGGGAGGACGACAGCACACUGGUUGUGGAAGGGCGCAAGGGCAUUGCAAGGGGAUAUACAGUAGGAGAAUCCGUAGACAGGCAUUGA